GCUCACAGUAACUCCAGUUACUCCACCCUCAAAACCGGUGCGUUUCAUCUGACUCUUUCUCUUCCUUCAAAUUUUCGAGGGCCCUUUUUUCUUUUCGGCUCUUCUUCAGUCUCGACCCAAACAUCCAGCAAAGAAAGAGAAAUGGAUCCCAAUUCAGUUAAAUCAACUUUGUCUAAUUUGGCAUUUGGGAAUGUAAUGGCAGCAGCUGCUCGUGACUAUAAACAGGAGCUGCUUGCCCAAGAGAAGGCACAAUCAUCAACUUCAGUCAACCAGGAGGUUGACCUUGAUGAGCUGAUCGAUGAUCCUGAGCUGGAAAAACUGCAUGCUGACAGGAUUGGGGCUCUCAAGAAAGAAGCUGAGAAGCGAGAAGCAUUAAAGAGGCAAGGGCAUGGAGAGUACAGGGAGAUUAGUGAAGGAGAGUUUUUGGCUGAAGUCACUGGAAGCGAGAAAGUGAUUUGUCACUUCUACCAUAAGGAGUUCUACCGAUGCAAGAUAAUGGAUAAGCAUUUGAAAGCCCUUGCACUAAAGCACAUGGAUACAAAGUUCAUCAAGCUGGAUGCUGAGAAUGCGCCUUUCUUUGUCACCAAACUUGCUGUCAAAACUUUGCCCUGUGUUAUAAUUUUCAGAAAAGGGAUUGCAGUGGAUAGGCUGGUUGGGUUUCAAGAUCUCGGAGGGAAAGAUGAUUUUGCUACUAGGACACUUGAGGUUGUACUGAUAAAGAAAGGUAUAAUUAGCGAGAAGAAAAAUGAUGAAGAUGAUGAAGAUGAUGUUUAUGAUGAGAGUAGGAGCAAGACAGUGAGGUCUUCUUUGAAUCAUGACUCUGAUUCUGACUGAAAAUGGAAACAGAAAAAAAAAAAAAAAAAAAAAAAAUUACUGUUUUCCAUGGGAUUAUCCAUUGUUUUUGCACGUGUGUGGUUCCAUAUCUCAAGAAGUUCAGUUUGCACUCUCAGAAUUAAAUAGGAAUAUUGCCAUAUCAACUGCUAAGCACUGGUAACUACAAAGUGUCUUGGUUUGGUGCUGAAGUUCGGCAAUCGUAGUGUGAUUCUGAGUUUGAAGUUCAAAUCGUAUCGAAAAACAGAGGCAAGCUAGAGGGACAGGUAAUUCACCGUAUGAUACGUCCUAAGUAGUUGUCGUGCUUUAUCACCAUAUAGGUCAUUGAUGUACGGUUGUACUCUUCGCCUUCUUAUGUAUUAGGUCAUACAACAUUGUUUCGUUAUUCAAGUGCUGCAGUACUUUGCAGCUAGUUCUUAGCAUUACAUUUGUGACUGAUUCGCGUAGGAGGCAAUUUAAUGAAUUCUCUUAAUGGUUCAACUUCAACCAUCCUAAAACUUUUAGUGUUUUUUUUUUCUAUUUGGGUGUCAGAAUUUGAAUCAUGAUCAUGAUUAUU